GCUCUGCAUGUAGUAAGCAUGCUCAAUAAAUACCUGUUGAUUGAUUUGCCCCACAGGCAUCACACAGCUAACUGCAAAACUCUUCCAUCCCUCCAACUUUCACAACUAGGCCGGAGUGUCAGGAGCGGGAGGUAAUCAGGAAAAGCAGUGACUUUGAAAGCCCCAUUCAGCUGAAAAAUCUCUGAGAGCUUUCCAAGUAGUUCCAUCUUCCAUCAUACUUCCACCGGGGCUCUGGCUGGGAGCCUCACUGGGGGCAGAGGACAGUGAUCUGGGAAAAAGUUCAGGAUCUCCCUUCCCCAGGUGUAAAAAAUCUAAGAAUGAUGUCAGUGGAAAACACCGAAGUGCCAAUCGACAGCUCUCUUUCCCCUAAAUGACAACAAAUUUAAAUCAACCAGACUCGAUUAAACGCCCCCAAGCCUUACCCGGUGCUCCUAUCCCAGAAGGAAUGAAUUGAGUUGCCGCUUAGAAAUAAGGGUUCAGCAGAUACUUUUUAAGAUCACUCAUCAGAUGAUACGCUAACAGACCUCACAGGAAGCAGUCUAUCAGUGUUCUUCAGCACAACAGCCUCGAGGACGCGGAACACCCGGCUUUAGAAACCUGAAUAAACUUUUCUUCCUGAGCGGCCUUGAAGGAGAAAAGGUGGGUCCACCGAGGCCAGCCCGGGAGCACCCUCGAGAUGAGCACCGUUGACCCUAUCCUCUCCACGACGGAAGAGGAACCCUACAGCAGCAGUGACUAUUCCUAUGACAACGCCCCCAGGCCCUGCAGCAAAGGGGGGGUCAAAGCUUUUGGGGGGCUGUUCCUGCCCCCCAUCUACUCCCUGGUGUUCCUGCUGGGCCUGCUGGGCAACUCCACCGUCGUCCUGGUCCUGUUCAAGUACAAACGGCUGCGCUCCAUGACCGACGUGUACCUCCUGAACCUCGCCAUCUCCGACCUGCUCUUCGUCUUCUCCCUCCCGUUCUGGGCUUACUACGCCGCCGACCAAUGGAUCUUCGGGCUGGGUUUGUGCAAGAUCAUCUCCUGGAUUUAUCUGGUUGGGUUUUACAGUGGCAUCCUGUUCAUCAUGCUGAUGAGCAUUGACCGGUACCUGGCCAUCGUCCACGCUGUGUUUUCUCUGAAAGCCAGGACCUUCUCCUAUGGGGUCAUCGCUAGCUCGGUCAUCUGGUUGGUGGCCAUCUUAGCCUCCUUCCCCACGCUCCUCUUCAGCGAGUCCUUCUGGGAGGAAGGCCAGAUCUCCUGUAAGUCUAAGUUUCCCAACAACUCCACCACCUGGAAGGUUCUCAGCUCCCUGGAGAUCAAUGUCUUGGGCCUCCUGAUCCCCCUGGGGGUUAUGCUUUUUUGCUACUCCCUGAUCAUCAAGACCCUCCAGCACUGUAAAAAUGACAAAAAGAACAAGGCGGUGAGGAUGAUCUUUGUCGUCAUGAUCGUCUUCCUCGUUUUCUGGAUCCCUUACAAUGUAGUGCUUUUUCUCGAGGCCCUGGUGGAACUGGAGCUCCUUAAAGACUGCACGUUCGAGAAACACCUCGACUAUGCCCUGCAGGCCACAGAGACGCUGGCGUUCGUUCACUGCUGCCUCAAUCCGGUCAUCUAUUUCUUCCUGGGCGAAAAGUUUAGGAAAUACAUAAAGCAGCUCUUCAAAACCUGCAAGAUCCCCUUGGCUCUCUGCAAAUACUGUGGCCUACUCCAAGCGUACUACCCGGAGACACCCAGUUCAUCCCACACCCAGUCUACUAUGGAUCACGAAAUCAACAACGCCUUGUAGUCCCUUGACUUCCACGAAAGCCAGUGGGGAGACAACAUGUUAAGGAAUCCAUCUCCCCCCAUCUGCCCCUUCACCCAAAACCCGCUUCUCGCCUCGCCACAGCACCGUGCGGGGAUGAAAACGUCCCUUCUGACCCCCGUCCACCUCAGCUACGAAAACAUCACUCACGGCCCAUCUCGCCCUCACCCCAAGGGACAAAUUGACAGCCGCUCUGCCGACCGAUUUAUACACCGGAGAUGUUCUUGAGCAUAAGGAAAGCUUAGCUGGGGUCUUCCUCUCCAUUAGAAUGAGGGCCUAACUCUCCAGCUGACUUCUCUUUCCUGCAGGAUAUCUCUGGAAAUCUCAGCACAUUCACCGGGCGACAGAGGAGGUAUCUUUCCCCACGUUUUUCCCCUUUCUUUUCCCCCACCAGACCUGACUCUGGCACCGUGGGCAGUGCUCGGAGCUGGUGGUUUCGGGGCAAAGGGGGCGGGGUCGCUGACCCGCUAUGUCCCUUCCCAAAGGGUGGUCCACUGAGGAUUCUGGGCAAAUUGGACAAGAAAUACCAGAAGACCGAUGUGAACUCCGAAAAGCUUGUUUAAUGAGGACCGGACAGAUUUCCUCUAGAUUGUAAGCUCGUUAUGGGCAGGGAACUUGUUUGCUAAUUCCGUUGUACUCUUCCAAGUGCCACGUUCAGUGCUCAGCAUAUAGUAAGCGCUCAAUAAAUACCAUUGAUUCAUUUCCCCGAAGAGGAUAAAUCGCUCGCUGUCAAGUGGCAUUAAACCUUCUGUACUAAGGAUGUUGCUCACACCAGAUGCCUUGAACACGAUAUUAAUGAUAAUAAUGAUGGUAUUUGUUAAUCACUUACUAAGUGCUGAAAUAAUAUAUGUACAUACAUACAC